ACUCCUGGGUCAGCUGGACGAAACAGAGGCAGCAUUUGAUGAUUUCUGGGAGCGUCACCGCACCAAGCUGGAACAGUGUUUACAGCUCCGCCAUUUUGAACAGCACUUCCGUGAAGUGCGUGGCCAGCUUGAUGUGACAUCAGAGCGGUUGUCUGGUUUCUCCGAGGUCAGUGUAAGCCCCGCCCAUGCUGAGCACGUCCUCCGAGAGCUCAGCGGCCAUGAGGACAGGGCCUGUGACGUACUGGACUGCGCCCUGUCCCUGGCCAGUGAAGGUGACAGGCUAAUAGAAAAUUCCCACUAUGCCGAGGACUCCAUUAGGCCGAAGUGCAGCGAGCUGAGGGAAGUGUGCGAGGAGAUCAGCUCCACCCUGAGGAGUAAGAAGAGCCUCCUGCUGAAGGCGAUGGAGCUCCACCACGCUCUAGAGAAGGCAUCACGGUGGUGUGAGGAGGGCAUCUUCCUGUUGGCCAGCCAGCCAGUGGACCGCUGUCAGUCUCAGGAUGGAGCUGAAGCAGCUCUGCAAGAACUGGAGCGAUACUUGGACACAGCGCCGCUACACACCCUCACAGAUCACAGCGCCAUCUGCUGCCAGUAUGAGGCGGCCCUCACUACUCAGCUCAGGGACCAGGUAGAGAGCGUUUUCCAGAAGCAAAGCUCUGUCCAGGAGAUGUUUGAGAAGAGACGCGUCAGCCUGAAGAAACUUGCCGCCAAACAGACCAGACCAGUCCAGCCAGUAGCACCAAGACCUGAAGUGAAGUCUCCACUCUCCUCACCCAAUCAACAGAGAAAAGAAAGAAGAUACUCUGCAGAUAAUGCCAUCUGCAAAAAGGUGGAGACUCCCUUACAAAACGGUGGCACCAGACAUGCUUCUCUAACAGAAGAGGAAGAAAACCUGGCAGUACUUCGGCGCCACGUAAUGAAUGAAUUGCUGGAGACGGAGAGAGCAUAUGUGGAGGAGCUACUGUGUGUGCUGGAGGGCUACGCAGCGGAGAUGGACAACCCUGCCAUGGCUCACCUCAUCCCCAGCGCCCUGCUCAGCAAGAAGGACGUCCUGUUUGGCAACAUGUCUGAAAUCUACCAGUUUCAUAAGAGAACGUUUCUAAAGGAACUGGAAGCGUACACUGACUGCCCAGAACUAGUGGGUCGCUGCUUUUUAGAGAGGAUGAAGGACCUGCAGAUCUACGAGGCUUACUGCCAGAACAAGCCUCGCUCUGAAAGCUUGUGGAGGCAGUGCUCCGACUGUGCCUUCUUCCAGGAGUGCCAGAAGAAGUUGGAACAUAAACUUGGUUUGGACUCCUACCUCCUUAAACCUGUCCAGAGAAUCACAAAGUACCAGCUACUGCUUAAGGAGCUGUUGAAAUACAGUAAGAGCUGCGAUGGCAGUGAUGACCUACAGGAUGCUCUCUCCUCCAUCCUGGGGAUCCUGAAAGCUGUUAACGACUCCAUGCACCUCAUCGCCAUCACAGGAUAUGAGGGCAACCUGUCCGAGCUGGGUCGCCUGCUGAUGCAGGGCUCCUUCAGUGUGUGGACGGAGCAUAAAAAAGGUCACGCCAAGGUCAAGGACCUGGCCCGGUUCAAGCCCAUGCAAAGGCACCUGUUCCUGCACGAGAAGGCCCUGCUCUUCUGUAAGAGGAGAGAGGAGAACGGGGAGGGCUAUGAGAAAGCUCCGUCUUACAGCUUCAAACACUCCCUCAGUAUGAGCGCGGUGGGCAUCACCGAGAACGCGAAAGGAGACAACAAGAAGUUUGAGGUUUGGUGUAACUCCAGAGACGAGGUUUUUAUAGUCCAGGCUCCAACACCAGAGAUUAAAACAUUGUGGGUGAACGAGAUCCGCAAAGUUUUGACCCAACAGCUCAAAGCCUGCAGAGAUGCCAUUCAGCAGAAGAGCUCAGACACCCCGAGUCCCAUCAGCAACAACUCUUCCAUCUCCCUCAGUCCCUUUCGUAGCAGUGGUCAGAAAAACCAGAAGAAGCAGGAGGAGAAGAAGGGGGAGCAAAGCCCGAACUCUGACGUCAACUCCUCUUCAUCACCGAAACACAAAGAUGAACCAGUGACCAGCCCAACCACUGACAGGUCUUCAGUGGCUAAAAAGCGUUUUACUUUGCAGGGCUUCAGCAAUCUCAAGAGCCCGAAAGGCUCGGCGCUGAGCCCUGAGCACGGCUCCAAACGUCACUUGGUCAAGAGUGACCCCACACCGUUUGGUUUCAAAGGCUGGAGCAAGGCGUCUCUCUCGGUGGAUGCCUCAGAAGAGAACGAUGGGUACUCCAGUGGCGAGGACCCCAUGAACUCUGACCCGGAGGAUGAAGUAGGAAAGAAGCUGGCUCCAGGAAAGUAUACGGUGGUAGCGGACUGCGAGAAGGCGGGACCUCAGGAGCUGUCUGUCAAGAGUGGAGACAUGGUCCAGCUAAUCAGAGAAGGAGAGGAGGGACAGUGGUUUGUGAAGAACCUUCGCAGCAGUAAGGAGGGCUGGGUGGCAGCAGAAAACCUCCUCAGCCUCAUAUCAGAGUCCAAGUCCUCCCAGUCGCUCAGCAGCUCAGAUGGCAGCGUCUCUGGGAACCUCAGCACUUCGUCCAGCUGCAGUGAGACCUACACCAGCUUCUCCGACAUCAAACCCUGACCUGCAACCACUCUCCCCAGCUCCAUCCCCCAACCUAAAACAAUGUCCAGGUGGAAUUACAAAAAGCUAAAGGUGACCCAGGACAGGAGGGCGGAAUCAAAGCCAUCACACAGAUGUCCAACUCGCAGUUUUGCCAGAUCCAACCAAAAACCAAAGCUAUCAUUGUAUCUGCUAGUGGUACCCAUGUUGACUACUACGUCCACCUUUUCUGAAUACUUACAGCCACCUGUUACUCUAAUUGCAAAGACAAAUUACCUUAUUUCCACUCAUUUAUCUCAUUUUAAGUUAUUUUUUUACCUUCAAAAUUGUCAGAAUGCGGGUUGAAAAUAGUAUUUUCACAGCUCAUUCCAGUGACAUAAAGAUAACAUUCAGAUAAAUAUCAGGGGAAACGAGUUCCUCAGCACACAUGUUACAGUCAUGUGAUGCAUCACCUCCUGGAAGGCCUUCUUUUCAAAAUCACAAUCUCUGUAAACAACAGAGAAAAUCAGUAACUUAUUAAGAUUAACUGGAUUAAUUCCUUCUGAUUAUGUAGAAUCAAAGUGGACACAUUUAAAGAAUAUCUGCACUUAAUGUGACCGGUCAACUUGGGAUCAACCUUCAAGUCAACAACAUCACAGCAUAGCAAAAGAUUUGUGUGUGAAACAUCUACAGCUACAGAGACUAUAAGACUGGUAUUUCACAUGAUGCAUCAGCUUUAGUGUCAGACAUUAAUCGUACACUGUGAAAACUGGCAGCUGGCUGCAACAAGAAAAAAAAACAAAAACCUUUCAGUGCAUCUUGGAGCAUCACUGAGCAGGUCAAACAUUCAGGGCCUGUUACUGUAAGUCUUGUAACAUUUUUGUACGCGGGACACAUACAAGGUGAAGUGUGUUAAAUCCCUGUAGUGUCUGGCAGGCCAGUGGUUUUAAAAUAGUUGUUUUUUGUUUUAUUCCCCAUUCAAGAAUGCUGUUUUCCUCCCGUGUUGUUAAUAUGAGCUUCCCUUAUUCCUGUUUUUGUGGUGUGAACUACAAAUUAAAACAGAGUCAAAUGUAUCACUAGGUGAAUGUCACCAACAGCACUACCUGGUGGUCAGAUGUCAUGCACUUCUCCUACUACACUUGCAAAUCACUUACACAGAGAGCGGCAGCUUGGAACAACUUCUGAACCUCUUGUGUUUUUUUGUUGAGUCCUCCCAACCCCCCCCUCCCCAAGAGUGAUUAUCUAACUCGCCUCUGAACUGCUCUGGAUUUACCUCUCAGGAAGCCCAAGAUUUUGUGUGGGCAAGCAGGUGUGACUGCAUACCUGCUUGUGUUGACCAAAUGCCUUUGUGUGUGUGCAUUCUUGCACGUGUGCUUGCUUCAGAACAAACAUGCGUAUGCCACAAACCCCCAGAGAGGCCAUUAAGCCACAGACACCAGUCGGAUCAGAGUUACGUAUAAGGCCCUAAUUAGUUAUAUUACUGUUUACACAUAGUGUUGAGAUAGAACAGUAGUUCUAAUGCAUUUACCUGCUGUAUUAAUUUAUAGUCAGGUUAACUUUAUUGAUAAAUUGCAAUUUGCCCAGGAGACCCUCGGUGGCCACCAAGGAUCCCUCAGUUUCAGAACUCCCGGUCAGACAAACAGAAGCAGAUGCACAUAAAUCUCCACACUCUUUUUGUGUCAUGGCCUCUGUGCUCACCUAUCUUUGGUCUGCACAGCAGCAACAGAAGCAGGCUUUGAAGCAGGCAGUGGUUUGCACCACCAGCCUGGAAGCAAUAUUUUGUUUACCUGACACCAUGAUGUAGCUGAGUGGAUCGUCACGGUCGAAUAACAAGUUCCAAAAAAGAGGGGGGAUUUACACAGCAGGGGUGGUGAGUGAGAUGAGAUGGCCUUGUUUGACCCUGUAAGUGGGAAUGAGGAUGUUUAUACAGGUUGAUAGUACACCUUUGACAACCAGCUGCUGGGACAUCCUUCUUUACACACACACAUGCACACACAGAACCUGUGCUAUUCUGAACGCUGAAUGAUUUUUCUUACCUUGUUUUUCAAGGGUGAACAUGUUUUUUUAUACCCCAACAUUACUACUGCAUCCACAGGCCGCACUGUAAAACAAUCUCUUCCUUUUCCCAUCUUUAAUGUUGAAUGUGUGACUCUACCAAGUGCAGCAUGCUGUUAUACUACAACCAGCCCCGCCUGUUUAUUACUUAGAGUGGGUCACAUUUGCCCACUGGCUCGACAAAGCCAUGUGAAUUAGGCCCCGACUUCAAUUGCUGCUUGUGAUUAUUUACUUGAGCUCUUUUUGUUGAGAACUUUUAUACUCAAAGCAGAUAACGCAUGUCGUCCAUCCCCCCCCCCGCGAAAGGAAAAGCUACUUCUCCAGAAAAAGGAAGAAACUAGUUUGCAGACCUUUCAGUCUCCAACUGUGAGCUAAGCCAGAGACUAAACUGUGGCGUUAUGUGCAAGUUCUGUAAGACUAAGAAAUGUAUGUCACACUGGUACAGCUGUGUCCUCUUUACCUCACAUUGUUUUCCUCGACAGCAUGUACAUUGUGAAGAGGAUCAAGGUUUUUGUGAGUGUCCUUGUCUCCCUGUAUAUCAUCACUCUUUGAGGCAUGUUAAACCAUAGCCCCAAUUUUAAAGCUCUCAAAGCCCUAAACAAGGCAAGUCCUUCUACCAGGCACUGUUGUAUUUCUUGAGAGUUUAUUUUCUGCCCUCUUAUGAAAGCUGACACGGGCACUAAACUUGUCAGUCUUUUGUCAUGAACACACAAUAAAGGUUGUUGAGUUAUUUGUACUUUUUACUUGGAGGCUGGAGAGAUGAGAAGGGGUAUAUUUUUUGUUUCUUUUUAUGCAGCACAUUGCAGCGAACACUGUCUUUAUUUUCCUAUUGUAUCUACUGAGUAUGGUGUUGAUAUGAAGAUAUUAUAAUGAGACGUGUAUAUAUUUGUAAAUAUGUAAUUCUGAUAUGUAUGUAAAAUGAAAAGCAGCUUUAAUAAAGAUGGUUUCCUCUAUGGGA